CUCUCUCACUCGGUCACCCUCCUAGACUUAGCCAUUGCUCUGUUUUCUCCACAGCCAACCAGCAACAAAUCUGCUAGCAAUUUCCAGCUGAACAAUUCGAGAAUGGAUGGGAAUGAUUCAGUUGAUCCAAAACAGAGCACUGGUGAUAUGGCAGCUUUUGUCCAGAAUUUGCUUCAACAGAUGCAAUCGAGGUUUCAAACAAUGUCUGACUCCAUCAUUAUGAAGAUUGAUGAGAUGGGUAGCAGGAUAGAUGAGCUAGAGCAAAGCAUCAAUGAUCUCAGAGCAGAGAUGGGUGCGGAGAACUCUUCUUCUCCUUCAGUUCCUGCUGUGCCAAAGGAUGAUUCCAAGUCACCCAGUGAAGUUUAACAGUUCUGUGAUAGCAUAAAUGAAUCAGGCGUCUACAACAUGGUAUUUCUAGACUCUAUUUCUUUUCCUCCCCACUCCAUAGCCUUUCUCAGAUGGAAAACCAGUAGUAUCAACUUUUGGAAGAGACAAUUAUACACCUGAUACGUGUAACCAUGGCCUUCCCUAAUAGCUAUUUUCCAUAGAAUAUUGUUAACCCUCGGGAUGCUUGCCUUCCUCCUUGCAUUGAAUACCGCAAGGUGUGGGCAGCAUGUUUUUUAUUCUCCACAGAGAAACUUCAAGGCCAUGAUUAGACCUUUUUGCUCAAUGUAUAUUCUAUGAUUUGAAUUCCA